UGAGACCGACAAGACACAGAAACUAUUAAUGGCUUUGUAAUUUUAUAGCUAAGCCUCUUCACUUUAGAUCAGAUACAACCACAUUUAUAAGUUCUGUGACUUUGUAGAGAGGGUAAAGGGUGCUCUUUUCCACAGCCAAGCAAAAACCCAGUUGGGAUGAUGAGGCUUCUGCUCCAGUGUCAGCCUCAUAGAGGAAGAGGAGGAGCACUGGCUGGACUUUUUGUUCUGAUUUUUCCAGUGUUCUUGACUAGUUUCUUCAGCCCAUUGGGCCAUGCCUCGCCUUCCAUGUUCACGGAAUGGAAUGUUCCAAAACCAAGGCACUCACGUAUUCUCAAGAGUGCUUUACAACGCGAAACUACAAAUUCUCAGCAUUCAGAUCUCUGGAUUCCUUUGGCCAACCAAGGAUGGAGGCCUUGUGUUGAAUCUCCAAAAACCCCUUCAUUACCAGAGAAAUCUGAAGGUUAUAUUCAGGUAUUUCUUGAUGGAGGCUUGAACCAGCAGAGAAUGGGGAUAUGUGAUGCAGUUGCAGUUGCUAAAAUACUGAAUGCGACACUUGUCAUCCCACAUCUUGAAGUGAAUCCUGUUUGGCAAGAUUCAAGCUCAUUCAUGGAUAUAUUUGAUGUGGAUCACUUUAUUAAUGUAUUGAAGGAUGAUAUUUCUAUAGUUAAAGAGCUGCCUAAUGAAUUCUCCUGGAGCACAAGGGAGUAUUAUGCAACAGCAAUCCGAGCUACUAGGAUUAAGACAGCACCGGUUCAUGCAUCGGCCAACUGGUAUCUAGAUAACGUAUUGCCUGUAUUACAGAGUUAUGGAAUUGCUGCAAUUGCCCCAUUCUCUCAUCGUUUGGCUUUCGACAACUUGCCUAUGGACAUCCAACAGCUACGUUGUAAAGUUAACUUCCAAGCAUUAGCUUUUGUUCCUCAUAUUAGACAGCUUGGUGAUGCUCUUGUCAACCGUCUCCGCAACCCUUUGGGUAAAAAUGGAGCACUUGGCACCAGCGACCUGCAGGAGAGCACAGUGGGGGCAGGGAAUUUUGUGGUGCUACACCUUCGAUUUGACAAAGAUAUGGCGGCCCAUUCAGCCUGUGACUUUGGUGGGGGCAAAGCUGAAAAGAAGGCUCUAGCCAAGUAUAGACAAGCAAUUUGGCAGGGAAGGGUCCUUAACUCCCAGUUCACGAAUGAAGAGUUGAGGAAUCAGGGUCGUUGCCCCUUGACUCCAGAAGAGAUUGGAUUGCUUCUUGCAGCUUUGGGUUUUGACAACAAUACUAGGCUCUAUCUUGCCUCCCACAAGGUAUUUGGUGGAGAAGCUAGGAUUUCAACUUUGAAAAAGUUAUUCCCACUGAUGGAAGACAAAAAGAGCUUAACUUCCAAAGCGGAACGGGCCCAGAUAAAGGGAAAGGCAUCCUUGUUAGCUGCAGUUGAUUACUAUGUUAGUAUGCACAGCAACAUCUUUAUAUCUGCUUCUCCAGGAAAUAUGCACAAUGCAUUGGUGGGACAUCGAACUUAUGAAAACCUGAAAACUAUAAGGCCGAAUAUGGCAUUGUUGGGCCAACUCUUCCUAAAUAAAAGCAUGAGUUGGUCAGAUUUCCAGCAGUCAGUGUUAGAAGGGCAUGAAAACAGACAAGGGCAGAUCAGAUUAAGAAAACCAAAGCAGUCCAUAUAUACAUAUCCUGCUCCUGAUUGCAUAUGCCACAGUUGAUUUAUUUAAUUAAGGAUGUGAGCUGUCUCUAUUUUAUGAUUUAUCACUUCAACUAUUAUUUGUGGCUUCUAGCAUGUAAUAUAAUGGCAAAUAAGUCACAAUCCCAUCUCCUAUUCAUAGGCCUGUUCAUGUAAUGAUUGCAGUAUAGGUUUACGGUGGUCAUUAAGGAUGGGAGAGUGAUGUUAAGGAUGAGUUUGUAAUCAUUAAUUUCUUCUGAAUGAUUAAAGUUACUGGACAACACUUUUCAAGAUAGAACAAUUUUAUGAUUAAUCAGUUUACCAUUCCAAUUCA